ACUGGGCAGUGGCCGGGCUCUGUGGCUUCAGGGCUCGGAGAGAGACAGAGAGGGAGGGUGGUAAAGAGAGUGAGUCGGCGCUGCCGCCUGCCUGAGGAGAGAGGAGGGGUCCCGCUUGCCCUGCGCCCUACGCGGGCUGAGAGUGCGAGGCACGCGCGAACCUGUGAGGCUUCCCGGCCCCUAGGGACUCCGCCCCGUUGUCCGCCGGCCGGCCGGCCCGAGGCCUCUCUUCCCUUUGUGAGCGCCCCCUUUCCAGGGGUGGUGGUGGUGGUGGUGGCGGAGGGCUGUGCGUGGGCCCGCCCGCCGAGGGGCCGCGGCGGGGGACCGAUAGGGCCUCGGCUGUGCGAAACGGUAGGCGGCCGAGGCCCGGGCUGGUUCCCCCGAGGCGGCGGCAGCGGCGGCGGCGGCUCCGGCUCCCGGCACUUCCCCGCGCCAUCUUAGCUGAGCUCCAGCUCUGAGGGCGCCUUCUCGACCCCAGUCGUCCCCUUGCCCCCCCCCCCGCCCCUUGUCGCAGAGCUUGGGCUGGGCGGCUCGCUGGGGCUCCGGGGGGGGGGCGGUCUGUCGCCGGGCCCCCUCCUCCUCCUCCUCACUCCUCGCCUUCCAGCGUAGCGGCUCCUGGAACGUUGCAGGGGGCUGCGCCUGCCUACCCCGCCCCAGACCUGUCGGCGAAAGGUAGUUUAUGCCAACGUGGCUUAAUUCAUACAGAUGAACCAAGGAUUGGGAUAGCAGGAUAAAACUAGAACCAGACAGCUGACUGCCCAGCAGGAUGCCAUCAACUAACAGAGCGGGCAGUCUGAAGGACCCUGAAAUUGCAGAGCUCUUCUUCAAAGAAGAUCCAGAGAAGCUCUUCACAGAUCUCAGAGAAAUUGGCCAUGGAAGCUUUGGAGCAGUGUAUUUUGCCCGAGAUGUGCGUACCAAUGAAGUGGUGGCCAUCAAGAAAAUGUCUUAUAGUGGAAAGCAGUCUACUGAGAAAUGGCAGGAUAUUAUUAAGGAAGUCAAAUUUCUACAAAGAAUAAAACAUCCCAACAGUAUAGAAUACAAGGGCUGCUAUUUACGUGAGCACACAGCUUGGCUUGUAAUGGAAUAUUGUUUAGGAUCGGCUUCAGAUUUACUAGAAGUUCACAAGAAGCCAUUACAAGAAGUGGAAAUAGCAGCGAUUACACAUGGUGCUCUUCUGGGAUUAGCCUACUUACAUUCUCAUACCAUGAUCCAUAGAGAUAUCAAAGCAGGAAAUAUCCUUCUGACAGAACCAGGCCAGGUGAAACUUGCUGACUUUGGAUCUGCUUCCAUGGCAUCUCCUGCCAAUUCUUUUGUGGGAACACCAUAUUGGAUGGCCCCAGAAGUAAUUUUAGCCAUGGAUGAAGGACAGUAUGAUGGCAAAGUAGAUGUAUGGUCUCUUGGAAUAACAUGUAUUGAAUUAGCGGAAAGGAAGCCUCCUUUAUUUAAUAUGAAUGCUAUGAGUGCCUUAUAUCACAUAGCUCAGAAUGAAUCCCCUACACUACAGUCUAAUGAAUGGUCUGAUUAUUUUCGCAACUUUGUAGAUUCUUGUCUCCAGAAAAUCCCUCAAGAUCGCCCCACAUCUGAGGAACUUUUAAAGCACAUGUUUGUACUUCGGGAGCGCCCUGAAACAGUGUUAAUAGAUCUCAUUCAAAGGACAAAGGAUGCAGUAAGAGAACUGGACAAUCUGCAGUAUCGAAAGAUGAAGAAACUCCUCUUCCAGGAGGCACAUAAUGGACCCGCAGUAGAAGCACAGGAAGAAGAAGAGGAACAAGAUCAUGGUGUUGGACGGACAGGAACAGUUAAUAGUGUUGGAAGUAAUCAGUCUAUUCCCAGUAUGUCCAUCAGUGCCAGUAGCCAAAGCAGUAGUGUUAACAGUCUUCCAGAUGCCUCAGAUGACAAGAGUGAGCUAGACAUGAUGGAAGGGGACCACACAGUGAUGUCUAACAGUUCUGUGAUCCACUUAAAACCUGAGGAAGAAAAUUACAGAGAAGAGGGAGAUCCUAGAACAAGAGCAUCUGUUCCACAGUCUCCACCCCAAGUAUCUCGUCACAAAUCACACUAUCGUAAUCGAGAACACUUUGCUACUAUACGGACAGCAUCACUGGUUACAAGGCAAAUGCAAGAACAUGAGCAGGAUUCUGAACUUAGAGAACAGAUGUCUGGCUAUAAGCGUAUGAGACGGCAGCAUCAAAAGCAGCUGAUGACUCUGGAAAAUAAGCUAAAGGCUGAGAUGGAUGAACACCGCCUCAGAUUAGACAAAGAUCUUGAAACUCAGCGUAACAAUUUUGCUGCAGAAAUGGAGAAGCUUAUCAAGAAACAUCAGGCUGCUAUGGAAAAAGAGGCUAAAGUGAUGGCCAAUGAGGAGAAAAAAUUUCAGCAACAUAUUCAGGCCCAACAGAAGAAAGAACUCAACAGCUUUUUGGAGUCCCAGAAAAGAGAAUAUAAACUUCGAAAAGAGCAGCUUAAAGAGGAGCUGAAUGAAAACCAGAGUACUCCCAAAAAAGAAAAACAGGAGUGGCUUUCAAAGCAGAAGGAGAAUAUACAGCAUUUCCAGGCAGAAGAAGAGGCUAACCUUCUUCGACGUCAGAGACAAUACCUUGAGCUGGAAUGCCGACGCUUCAAGAGGAGGAUGUUACUUGGGCGUCAUAACUUGGAGCAAGACCUUGUUAGGGAGGAGUUAAAUAAGAGGCAAACUCAGAAGGACUUAGAGCAUGCCAUGCUUCUGCGACAACAUGAAUCCAUGCAAGAACUGGAGUUCCGCCACCUCAACACAAUUCAGAAGAUGCGCUGUGAGUUGAUCAGAUUGCAGCACCAAACUGAACUCACUAACCAGCUGGAGUAUAAUAAGCGAAGGGAACGAGAACUAAGGCGAAAGCAUGUCAUGGAGGUUCGACAACAGCCUAAGAGUCUGAAGUCUAAAGAACUCCAAAUAAAAAAGCAGUUUCAAGACACUUGCAAAAUCCAAACCCGACAGUACAAAGCAUUAAGAAAUCACCUACUGGAAACUACACCAAAGAGUGAACACAAAGCUGUUCUGAAACGGCUUAAGGAGGAGCAGACUCGGAAGUUAGCCAUCUUGGCUGAGCAGUAUGAUCAUAGCAUUAAUGAAAUGCUCUCUACACAAGCCCUGCGUUUGGAUGAAGCACAGGAAGCAGAGUGCCAGGUUUUGAAAAUGCAGCUGCAGCAGGAACUGGAGCUGUUGAAUGCAUAUCAGAGCAAAAUCAAGAUGCAGGCUGAGGCACAACAUGAUCGAGAGCUUCGGGAACUUGAACAGAGGGUAUCCCUCCGCAGGGCCCUCCUAGAACAAAAGAUUGAAGAAGAGAUGUUGGCUUUACAGAACGAACGCACAGAACGAAUACGAAGCCUGCUGGAACGUCAAGCCAGAGAAAUUGAAGCUUUUGACUCUGAAAGCAUGAGACUAGGUUUUAGUAAUAUGGUCCUUUCUAAUCUCUCCCCUGAGGCAUUCAGCCACAGCUAUCCAGGAGCUUCUGGUUGGUCUCACAAUCCUACUGGAGGUCCUGGACCUCACUGGGGUCAUCCCAUGGGCGGCCCGCCACAAGCUUGGGGCCAUCCAAUGCAAGGUGGACCCCAGCCAUGGGGUCAUCCCUCAGGGCCAAUGCAAGGGGUUCCUCGAGGUAGCAGUAUGGGAGUCCGUAAUAGCCCCCAGGCUCUGAGGCGGACAACUUCUGGGGGACGGACGGAGCAGGGCAUGAGCAGAAGCACGAGUGUCACUUCACAAAUAUCCAAUGGGUCACACAUGUCUUAUACAUAACUUAAUAAUUGAGUGGCAAUUCCGCUGGAGCUGUCUGCCAAAAGAAACUGCCUGCCGACAUCGUCACAGCAGCCUCCUCACUUGGGUACUACAGUGUGGAAGCUGAGUGCAUAUGGUAUAUUUUAUUCAUUUUUGUAAAGCAUUCUAUUUUGUGUUUACUAAUCGGGAUGUCGUAUUUGGCUGCCGGGAUUUUUGUUUGUUUAUUUGUUUUAACUUUUGGGGAAACUUCGAAGAGGGGAGUUGAUGUGUGUGUAUGUGUGUAUAUGUGUGUGUGUGUGUGUAUAUAUAUAUUAUAUAUAUAUAUAUAUAAUGCAUAUAGUAAAGAAAAAUUGGCUAGUUAGAGGUUAUUUUCUGAACACUGCAAAAAUAAAAUGCAGCGAAGUGGCUUGAGUCAUCACUCUUGGGCGUCUAUAUCCUAAGAAGUUUAUGAAGAGAUCUAAAGCCUUCCUCCAUAUCCCAAAUUCUUAGGAGCCACUCAGAGCAAGCAGUAUAUGCUAAAGCAAGUUGUUAUUGAAACACACCUGCAUCCUCUCACCAGUGUAUUUUCUUCAUUAAAUUGGUCUGAUAUCUCAGCCUCAUUUGGAGUGAAAAUGGAAGGGGGAAUCCACGAACAGUAAAGGGUUGCAUUGAGUUUUUCAGUGGGUAGAAAACAACCUUCUAAUUGUGAACACGGCAUAGGUUUGUAAGUGAUUUUUGGCCAUUCAAUUGUGCCUUCCUUGUGGCAUGGAGAGAUGAGGGUGCUUAAGGAAAUUACAAGUUAAAUGGGGAUUGCAUUAACAAACCUGUGAACCUUCAAAGGGGAAGACCAGAAGAGUGAGAGGCCCCUGAAAUAUGGUUGAUACAUUCAGCAGCAGAGUGAGGAGAUAAAGCCUAUAUCUCCUGAGGUUUUGUUGCUUAUACUGUGAUAUCUCAUCCUAGCUAAGCACUAUAACUCCCAAGACCCCAAAUAGUACUUUCACUUUGUACAAAACAAAGAUACAUAGCCAAUGCAAAUCAGAUGCCAGAGGUAUUUGAAUUAUGCCGUAUUUGCAAAUUGCCAUCUAUUGGAAUUCUUAUCACACUACAUAGACAUAAUUUGAUUACCCCUUUUUGGCUUAUGAGAUUUCCUGUUUACAAAUAGAAUAGCCAAUUAUUUAAAUGUUUAGUUGCCAUAGUGAACCAGGAGUCACUGAGCCAAUGACUUGACCAGCUGCUGACUAUCCUCAUCACCACUGUAGAUUUUGCUGCAUGUGCAGGUGUCUUUUUCUUAUUUUACUGCUGUUUUUGUUGCUGCAGUACUUUACAAGCUUCUAGUUCAUUGAGACUUUGUGACCAUUUGGCCUCGUGUUAACAUCACCCAACAGGAGACACCACUUCCAUAAGUCUCUAGCCUUAGUGCUAAAUUACUACUGAAAAGGAACUAGGACGUUUCACAAAUUUAAAAAAAAAAAAAAAAAAAAAAAAAGUGAGUUAUAGUGGUCAGGGAAUUGCUUGACAAAAGCUAACUUGUUUUUUUCCCCAGAGGGGGCUUGUUUUGUUUUGUUCUGUUUUACAAUGAAGGAUAAAUCCAAUACUAAAAGGCCGAUGUUACUUGGUAUUCCAUUGCUAGUGUAGAAAUUGAGUUGGACGUGAGCGAGGAGCAAUAGGUAAGACUUGAAGAAAAAAAAUGUCCUUUUUCCUAAUGAUCUGAGUUCUUACAAGUUAUUGUCCUGCCCCCUCUCCAGUUGUCUUGAAGAAACCUGUGCUACUAUCUCUGGAUCUUGGUUUUCAUGUAGUCAGAGAGCUCCAAGGUAGAAAGAAGCCUUUCAGUCCCUCUAAAUGAACUCUUCACCUAGACCAAAUAGUAAUGUAUCACUGUUGAAAUCUUGAUUUUCACAACAAAAUUUUGAAAGUCUUCCCCUAGUAUAUCAGUCCAGCCACCAUGAAUCCUCUUAUUUAGGAGUUUCUGACUUUCAUUUGAAGGUAAAUGGAAGAAAAAUUAAAUAUUUUAAUGUAAAUCUUUUUAAAAACAACAUCACAGAAGAUUCACACACCAUUUUAGGCAGUGUUUCAAGUAGCACUCUGAUAUGUUGUCUUCUAGGCCAUUCUCCAGAGCCCCAGUUCUUAGAUAAACAUGACUUGUACUUGUCAUAGUUAAUGUGAGGGGCUCUUAGUUUUCCUGGUAUCUUUUUUGCAUUCGAAUAUGCAAUGCUUCAAACAAGUUCAGAAAUCUGCCUAUUUGAAGGAAAGUGACUAGAGGGAACACCAGGUUUUAAUAAAACAUCCAAAUACAAUGGAAUUUGAUACCUUUUUAUAUUAGGUCUGGCCCCUCUGUACCAUCACAGAAGUUAAAUAGGGAAGCAGAUCAGUUUUGCAUACAAAAUUUGUUAAAAUCCAGAAUACUACCAGUUUUAAAGUCAGUUUGUAGACUUAAAUUAGCCACAGUUUCUGACUUAAUCAAAUUGAGUUACUGAGUUCAUUCAGAUCAUAUGUACUUAUAAAAACAUGAUUGAAUCCUGACUCCAAAUAUCUAUACAAUAGGGCUUUGUAUCUUUUUCACGUAGGUCAUCACCAUACGUGGAUUAUACCAUUAAGUUAAUUUUAAUUAAAAUAUGUAUAGUUUGCAGAAAAAAAAUGAUUCACUUAAUUGAUUUCUGUGUAAUUGUGCAUGAGUAAAAUCUAACUUCUGAGCAAUUUCAUACAUGGCAGGAAUUGUCACCAAGUAAAGCUUGUAGCAGGAGAAUUCAGAAGGUUUUGAGAUAUCCUAAAGAAAGAAGCAAGCAUUUUCUGAAUCAGUAUGCAAAUGUCAACAUUUGAUCAACUUAACACUACCUCCUCCCCAGUGUUGUUGUUCACUCGUUAUUCAUGUGUUUUAGAAAAUAAAAAGUAUGAGAAAAAAGUAUAGUCCAGCAUAUCAGAAAGUUUUAAAUGCUACAUCUGGUAUCCAGAGCUUGGCUGUAAAGAGUUUCCUGUGUUCUCUGUCUCUACCCAUUUUUAGUUAACAUUUGCAAAAUGCAGCUUCAUAUCUUGAAAUAUAUUCCUAAUUGGGUUCCCUUUUCCUCAUAUUUUUUUAAAGUCAGCUAUCACCCCAAAUUAUAGUAUCUGAAAGUAUUUUCAUUAUAUAAUGUUAGUUGAAAAUGUGUUUAUAUCAUUUUUAUUCAGAGCUGCAGUUCUUUUUUUUCUCAUUUCUGUGCAUAGAGAUGAAUUAGUCCUGCAUUUGAAGCCACACUCACAAGUAUAAUAGGCUUAGUACUCUAGGCCAAAGAUUUAUUAGGAAAUUGAGCUAUUUAGUAUAGUCAUCAUGAUUUUCGGCUGCCUAGACAUUAGGUAAACACCAUCAGUACACUAAAGAAACUGUCCUUGACACUCUCCCACUCACACCUAUUUUUUCCUCACCCCAUUUUCAAAAACUGAAAACUGAGUGUCAUUUUCAGACCAUAAGCAGACUUUAGUAUCUUUUUACUUAUACAGGUACUAAAUGUCUGGCAUUUUAAAUUUUUAUAUAAUGCAUUGCAUUGGACACUGGAAUAAUACUAUUUAUUUUCACCUGUGAAAAAUAACUUUAUUGUACUUGAAACACCUCAUUUGCAUUUCUCCAUUUGUGCCAUUCACUAGUGGAAAUAAAUUGUAUUAUACCAUGAUCUACUGGCUUUUAAAAACUGUGUUAAAUAUGCACAUUUUUGGUAUAGCUAUUAUCAUUUGUAUGUAUAUAUUGUAUAUACAUAUGAGUGUCAAUAUGUGUGUAUAGAUAAAUGGAUAGAUGGAUGUAACUCAUACUGUACAUUUCCAUCAGGGCACUUGGAUUCUGUUUUUGUUUCAUUUUGUUAUUUCAGCCCUCAGUUAAAGCAAGAAUGCAUGUGUUUCUUAAGAAUGAGUUCUCUAGGUUGACAUUUAUGAGAAAGUGGUCAUUAGAUGCAAUUCUUUAUUUUUUAAUCCCCUCUGAGCACUUGUGUGAUUGGAGAGAGAAAGUUAAGUAAAAUGUGGAAUGGAACCAUAAGUUGCAGUACAGUAAAGUAGUGCUGGGGAAGAAGCCAGUUAGUGUUUCUGUGAGUCUGUGUUGUGAUACAAUAAAAGAGUGAUGCAGAAGGAAAUGAACCAUGGAUAUUAAAAACACUGGCGGUGAUUCCUCUGCAAAAAUGAUAAAAGGAACCAGUAAAUCACACAAUCUUCAUUUACUUUCUCUACAAAUUUAUUAGCAGUGAUGCCAUUGAUCCUCUUACUCUUUUUUACUCAUUAAUAUUAAUAAUUAUAUAUUUUGCUAAGGACCAAAAUAGCCAAGAAAGGAUUUACUGCUGAAGCAUCUAAAGUUCUCCUAAACUGUAAAAUCAGCAGGAAAUGGCCACUGAGAGAAAAGGGUAUGGUAUUGGUGUGAGGGGCUUUCUCCUUUUAGCUGCCUCUUCCUGCUUGAUAAUAGUAAGUUCUUUGAGCACCUUCCUCCCCUUCUGAGCCACCAAUAUUCAAGCAAAGGUUUGGCCCAACACAGCAACCUUUUCCAAGGAGGUUUAUAUGGUCCUGCAUAUUAUCCCAUGCUCACAAUGUGAAGUGUCUAGUGUAUAUUCCAGUCAGAAAAUAAUAUAUUUAAGGUGUGUAAGUGUGAAUCUCUAAUGGAAGGUUCUCAUUUCUUAGAAGCCUUUUCUAAGGAGCAGGGCCAAAAUUUGGACAGUCAUCUUUGAGCUGUUUACCAAAAUACAGAUCAUUACUGAAGAGAAACAAAUUCGCUAUCUUAUUUUCCCCCAUCUAACAUGAUAGUGCCUCCCACCAGGUUGUAGCAUUGCCUUUGAAAAGGCAUUUGUUCACUUAGUUGUUAAGAACUGGAAAUUCCCCAUCCUCAGAUUCCUUAAAGGAUGAAGAGUGUGCUGUACGCUUAGCAGACUUGCCUCUUGUAUGCAAGGACUACUGAUUGAAGUCUGUUUUGCUGUGUGUCUGAUUAUGUUGUCUGCACUUUUAUGAAAUCACUACAAUAGUUCUACAUUGGAAAUGACUUAAUUUGUAAAGAAGUAAGUUUUAUUAAACACUGUCUAGAAAAAGAAAGUGAAGCUGAGAACUCUUCCUUUUUUUGUGCAUUUGUAUUUUCUACUGAAUUCUGGUAGCCCCUUUAAAGUCAUGUUGACUAUUUUUCUCUCCUUAUUUAUAUUCAUAUUUCCAAGAUUUCACACAUAUAGGGGAAGAGAAUCCAUUUGGCCUAAUGAUAGUCUUCAGUUCAUAAGAAAUAUUUAUAUCAAUAUGCACCUUAUCUGCCUGUUGUGGGUCUCUUAAACUUGCACUUCCCACCCACCCAAAGAUAAAGAUAUUCUUGAAAGAAAAUAAAGGCGGAGAAUUAAUACUAGGGAGGCAUUUACUAUGUCACCAUCACUGUUGUCUGUUGCCCAGCAAUCCAAACUUUUUGAAGUUUCAGAGUUUUCUGUGUAUGUCUGUUGGAUUGUGUUUUGUUUUAAUAUACAAGGGAUUCUUUAAAUAGGGGAAAAAAUGUUAAUCUUCUCUGAGGUCUCCCUUUGAAACAGCAGGAUGCCCACUGGGUACACUAAUCUCAGCAUCUGUAGGUAGUUUACCAUGAAAAAGUGGAGAGAAGAUGAGACUUCUGAAUGAAUGAAAAAGGGUAUCUUGAUGCCCAAGAAUUCCCCCCAAAGUACGGGUACUUCAACCUGCAGUUUCCUUUUCACUCAUAGUUUUUAGCAAUUGUGAGUGUAAAAUCAUGUAAUUAUCUGUAAAUAUGUAGCUAACAAAUUGACUUAGUUUCUGUAUUUUUUGUUUUUGUCUUUGUACUAAAGUUUAUAGGUCUGUGCCAGCUAGAGAGGAGUUGCUGUCUUUGCCAGUGUGGUCCUAGCAUCUAACUCUGAAACCAUCAUAGAUGACACUUUUUAGAAUUAAUGCUUAAAUGUUGUUAAACAGAGAGAAAUGGAGCUUAAUCUUUGGUCAGGUUUAAAAUCUUUUGAAGCAAAAUAAUUUUAUUUAAUAUAAUGAUUACAUGUCCUCAAUCAUGAAUUCGGUAGGGAGCCUCCCUCCCCCAGUGGCCAUGUUUACAGAAGUGUGUUUUGUCUGUAAAGUACAAGUGAUUUAAUGUUUAUGUAAAUUAUGCAGGUGAUGACAUUAUGGUUUGAAACUGUUUAUUGGGCUCUUUAGCUGAAUUUUCAAAUGAAAUGAACUGUGCUUAUUGCUGGCACAUUGAUCCCAUUUCUGGAACAUUUUUUCUAUUUCCAGAAUUGCAUAAGUUCCUUUGUCAUUACCCUCACUUAACAUUCCUUUCUCUAAUAUGCCUUUUUAGCCUAAGGUAUUAUACACUGGUGAACAUAGAUGAGGGAAAUGCAGUUUUUAAAAAAUCCAUGAACCCUCAUUUUUUAGUACCCAUGUUUUAUGUUUCUAUGACAACUCUGAGGUCAGUGGGGUUUAGAAAUGAGGUACCAGUGUUAAUGAAAAGUGUGUAUUCUUUGCUUUUGCAUGGCUUGGCAUAGUAACAAAGGUAUAUUAGGGCCACUUGAACGCAUGAAGACCAGUUAUAUGGGAAAGGUUUCUCUCAGUGGCACAUUUUGCUUUUUCUGAGCCCUUAAAUGCAUUGCCUAGGCAUGAACAUUAUUGUUACUAUAAAUUGCACAUGGUCAUGGAGUGAAUCAUGUGAUUAAAAAGGAUAUAACUGCCUAAAGUCUGCAGAUACUGGUUGGUCCAUGUGACCAUUUGGCACAUAUCAAACCUGGGGAGGGGGAUAAUUGGAAUUCCCCCCACCCCCCCAUUUUUGGUCAUAGACAAGUUUUUUAGUUUAUUCAGAUGUUGGUUUCCCCAAUGUGUUGCCAGACAGCUCUUUUUUAGUGCCCAUACCAAAUGUGCUGUUGUCCUUCUUUGCAUUUCAUAUCAAAGGAACCACCUCCCCGUCUUUCCAAAAGCAGUUUGGGUUACACCUUUUAUUCCACAUUAGGUGGGAAUUGUGCCUACUUAGAGUGCCCCUCCAAUUAAUUACAUGUGUCUCAAAAUAAUCCAAGCUAGAGACACAAGGUGGGAAAACAUUUCAAAAAAAGAAAAAAAGUCCACUUGAGGCCAGUAAUUUAUAUAACAAGGUAUUUUACUAUUUAUCUUGACACUUGCUAUAUGAGCCUGUAGGAGUUGCAAGUGGUUUGAUAGUGUAAAAUCCAGGUAGAGAGGGAUGCAUGGCAUUUCUGGGAAAGGAGAGGGUUUUAUUUCUGUUUUACCUCUCCUUUUAUGAUGAUCCUUCUCUGUUAGGUUAGACUAGGUUAAUUCGCAAAUUUGUUUUGUUUUUUUAUUAUUUAGAGAAAUUUUUACAAAAGUUACAGAAGUGAUGAUCUGAUGUAAAUAACAAUUUAAAGUAUAGUGCACAUAACUUCCCCUGACUAUUCCAACCUAAUAAUUUGUAAUGCUUUAGAGUUUUGUUUUUUUUUUUAUUAAACAUCUAUGUUGCUAAAUCCUAUUUAUGUAAGUCGCUAAAUUCUUUAGCCCACUUAAAACUUAAGACAAACAUUUAAAUAAUGGAUGGUUACUCUGAACAAUUCAGCUUUGAGAACCCCUUGUUUUAGUACAUGAAAAAGAUAGCCUAAUGUGCAUUUAAUGAGGUUGGAAAGACUCUGAGAAAUAUGUAUAGUGUAUAUUUUAAAACAGCUUUGCUUGUAUUGUGAAGAUUUAAAAACAAACUUGAGAUUUUUAACAUAACUAUUAACACAGUUUUAACAUAAGUUAUCCCACUGGGUUUAAGAGCAUCUUGAAUGUAUAAUCCUUUUUGUAACCCAGGUUGGUUUCUGCUUUUACCAGUCAUCCAGACAUAUUAUUUAUGUUUUUUCUUUUAUAUACUCAUUUCCCUUUGUUUUCCUUGGACAGCAUGAUUUUUUUGCACAUGUAGAAAUUUUUAAAAUGAAAAAAAUUAAUACAUCAUUUUCUCUGGAAUUUCUUCAUUUCUCUCUUCCCUUCUAUUAACCCCUUACCUUAAAGGCCAUAUUGCUCCAUUUGCAUUAUUUGUGCAAAUGCCAGGGUUGGUUUUCUUUUUAUUUUUGGUAUUUACCUAAAAAAAGAAAUUGCUUCAUCAAUUGCUUUUUUAUUAAAAAAAAAAAAAAGAAAGAAAAAAAAA